AAUAUGUCGGCCACACCAGAGCCUCCGAAGAGAGCACAGCGCAAGGACAUGGCGGAAGAGACCCAGUCACUCAUUCCAGAUAUCAUCAGCACUACUAAGGCUCACCCAAGAUCAGUUCUCUACAAUGAACUUCUACCGCGAGCCCAUCCAGACCCGAAUGCAUCAAAACCAAAAGUCACAGUUUGUGACCAAGACAGCUUCACAGCCGCUAAGGAAAUCCUCGAGCGCAUCCCAUCUGCCAGGGUCGGUGUUCUCAACAUGGCCAGCGAAAAGGAUCCAGGAGGCGGGUGGUUGAAGGGCUCUCUAGCGCAAGAGGAGGCUCUGUGCCUUCGAAGCACUCUGAUCACAACCCUCUACAAGCACUAUUAUCCACUUUCGGAGUUUGGAGCCAUUUGGUCACCGGAAGUGGCUGUCUUCAGAGAUGAAGUGAACUCGUGGUGCCGGGUCUACGAAGACAGCAAGAUAUUUAUCGUGGGCGUGGUCAGUGUGGCAGCUUUGCGGUGUCCUCGGUUGACGGAAGACAAGAGAUACUUUGCACACCCGGGAGAUAUUCGGGUAGUCAAGGACAAGAUGCGCCAGGCUCUACGUGUUCUUGUGAAGAAUGAUAUCACUCAUGGUGUGCUCGGUGCCUUGGGCUGCGGCGCUUUCAAGAAUCCCACCAGAGAGACCGCCCGGAUAUACAAGGAAGUACUGAAUGAGCCGGAGUGGAAAGGUGCCUUCGAAGAACUUGUUUUUGCUGUUCUCGACACCGACACCAACCCCAGGAAGGGUGAGUGCAAUCACUCUAUUUUUAAGAAUGUUUUCAGUGAUGCAUAA